CCGCUUCGGCAGCUCCACCAUGUCCCCGUUGGAGAGAGCCGUGUCCUCGUGCCGUGUCCUCGUGCCGCUGAUGCUGCUGUUCGCUGACCGUCCGAGUCUCGCGGCCCAUCCGCUGCUCGUGUUCUUGAUCGAUGGAUUCCGAUACGACUACAUGAACGACCUGCGCGCGCUUCCCGGAUUCGGCGAGCUCGUGGCCACUGGAGUGAAAGUGGACUACAUGACCCCGGACUUCCCCAGUUUAUCAUACCCGAAUUACUACUCACUACUUACAGGUCGUCACUGUGAUAUUCACCAGAUGACUGGAAACUAUAUGUGGGACGAGGGUUCUGGCAAGGAGUUUCUGAUUGGGACAAAUGCUGACAGCCGCUUAUCUCUGUGGUGGGAUGGAUCAGAACCACUGUGGGUCACCAUGCAGAAGCUAGGAAAGAAGGUUUUUAUGUACUACUGGCCUGGCUGUGAGGUGGAGAUUCUUGGUGUCCGCCCAUCAUUCUGCGAAGAAUAUGUCUACAACCCAUCAGAGAAAAACUUCACUGACUCCAUAGAGAAUGCUCUCAAUGUCCUACGGUCAGGCCAAGCAGACAUGGCAACCAUAUAUUAUGAGAGGAUCGAUGUGGAGGGUCAUCACUUUGGUCCAGACUCUGAGCAGGUCAGAACAGCUGUUCUACAGCUGGAUGUGGCCAUGCAGACUCUCAACAGAAAAAUCAAAGAGAAAAACCUGGCCAACAAGCUGAACAUUAUACUGUUUUCAGACCAUGGAAUGACCAAGAUCCAGUGGAUGGACAGGGUCAUAGAACUGGACAAGUACAUCAGUAUGUCAGAUAUUAUGAAGAUGAUGGACAGAGGGCCAGUAGUCAAUCUGUGGCCAAAAAGUGGUAGUUAUCAAAAGGUGUAUGCUGCAUUGUCCCAGGUCCCUAACAUGAAUGUCUAUGCCAGACAGGAGAUACCAGAACGUUUCCAUUACAGAGGAGGAAAGUUUGUUUCCCCCCUGACGCUGGUGGCUGAGCCUGGCUGGUUUAUUACUGAGAACAUUACUAGCUUGCCAUAUUGGAAGAAUGACAGCGGGGUGGCGUCUGCCUGGCAAAACGGAUGGCAUGGUUAUGACAAUGAGUUCAUUGACAUGAGAGGAUUCUUUUUGGCAACAGGGCCUGACUUCAAGAGGAAUUUUAGGGCAGCACCGAUUAGAGCAGUGGACAUCUAUAACUUGAUGUGCUGGACAUUAGGCGUGGAGCCUUUACCCAAUAACGGGUCCUGGUCUCGGGUAGAGUACUUCCUGAACAGUGCUCAUGGUCCAUCUGGACCCACAGCCCUCUGGACCUGCUGUAUGGGCCUCUUAGGGACACUGCUUGCUCUGCUAUGGGACUAAAAACCAUCUGUCUCUGCUUUCAGGUGGUGGAUAGGUGUGAUGUCCUAAAAAGAGUAAGUGAAACUAUGAAGUAAAUGCAGCCUAAACGGAAGGGGAAAUUGGUUGGAAAGUUGUCAAAUGUACUCAUGGAUAGAGAAUUUGAAGCCUGGAAAUUUGAUUCAGGACCUUAUUCCCCUAUGCAGAUAAAGUGUCCUACAUGUCCCACAAUGCCUUACCAAGGGGAUCCAAAUGUUCCCUUUGACAGUGAAUUAGUUCAGUCCCUCUGCAACCACAAUACUUCAACAUUCACAACAGAUUUGUAGCUAUGGCCUUACAUUUUGAUUAUUUGUUGAAUAUUGACGGACAGAAGAGAUGCUUGUCCAUGGUCAGCUGAUUGAAUCAAUCAAUGUACUGAUUUUAUUUAACCAGGGACGCACCUAUAAGUAGAUAUUUAAUCUUUAAGGCUGCCAUCAGCAAAUAAGAUAAGAUUCACUUCUGUUUAAGUAGUGUCAGUCCAGUUGAGUUCACUUUGGUACUGUACAAAGGAGUUUCUAAAGUGUCUUGCCUGAAUCUCUAGUGGUCUGUGUUUUGUCCUAAACUGUGAUGAAAUUGACAUUCAACAUUAGUAAAUUGUCUAGUUCCUUGAUGUGAAUUGUGAGUUCAGCCUUCUUGCAGUUAGCACACUAGUGGUUAUUGACAAAAGAGCAUAAAAAUGAAGUAAAGUAAAGAAAACAAACAAAUAUUUUAACUUAAAAUCAAUUACUUCCACGGAAGAGUUAGUAAAGUUUAAUUCUGUCUAUUUUCUUAUUUUAAUGUGGCUGAAACAGAACUUAAAAUACAUGAGUUAAGCCAAGUUCAGGAUUAGGGUUACGCUUGAAACAGAAAACAUUUAAAACCAAAUUAUAUGAAUUGUUUUACUUCCAUUUUUUAAAAGACAUUUUCACCAUGAGUUUCUGAGGUACACUGAAGACCAAGUACAGGCAAUUUAAGUUUUAAAGACUUUUACUGGCAAAUAAAUCACAUUUAUGCAAUAAGGGAUUUUCAUUGCCAAAACUUUUUGCCAUGGCUGUAUUAGACUUUUAUUUGACCUCUUCUAGUUUCUGUGUUUAACAUGUGACUAAAACACAACAUAAACACCAUCAACCCCCUGGAUAUCCAGACCAGAAGGGAAAACUUUAGAAAUCACAUAAGAGUACAUUUAAAGUCGUAACAUUCAUGCAGAAGGGUGUCUGUAUACCUACUGUAAACUUCAGGAGUAGUUUUAGAUGAAAGUAAUUGAGAUAAAGUGGCCCGCAGUGGUUUUACGGCCACAGACUUUUUCCCAAGGUUCCCUCAAAUGAUAUUUUCAUCCUUUUUGAUAACUAUUGUCAGAGUCUCUGUGUUUGACCUGGUUUAGUUUAAGGCUCAGUCACAAAUGCCAUUAUGAAGCUACAAACACCGUGCAAACAAUUUAUGGACAUUUCGUACGACCUUCUCAAGGCGGCCUUAUAAGAAUGGAGAGUUCGUAGACCAUUCUUAAGUUCAUAGCCAGGUGGAUGAUUUUGUGCAAGAUUUUCUACAAAGGCGCUAUGAAAUCCCCUUUCGUACAGCACCCUAACGAAUGCCUUAGGAACAACCUACGAACAAUGCACGACAUUCACGGGUCAGGUGGCAAUUCCAGAACCUCAUGUUCCUGUGGUGGCCGCAGGUAGAUCACAUGAACAUAUUACAUUGUUAUUAGGGGCCUCCUACGGCAUUCACACAAACGGAAUGAAUGACUGGACUCAGUCGUGUGGUGCUGAAGGGAAAGUGUUUAUUAACAGAAAAAUUAACAUGAAGAAACAACACAAAACCUGGAGGGAGAUAAUGCAGAGUCCACUGGGUGACGAGGAUCAGGGCGAUGGAGAGAAUGUGCAUGACAGACAGGGUUAGGCACUCGAUGACGGGCGGUUGGUGUUUUUAACGUUCAGUUCCCUCUAUUAUUCUUGCGUGUCUUGGUUUUAUUCUUAUAACCUCUACUUCAAAUGUCUUCAUUUGAUGUCUUAUUAUGACUUAUAAUUUUUAUUAUGUUUAACGCUGCAGGUCAGUUUUCCCCUCAUAUUUUACAGGAGUGAGAAUUUCAGCACCGUGGACAACGCAUGAUCCCAAACACAUAAAACACAUGCUGGCCAAAUUUUAAUCAUUUGACUUGCAUUACUUCAAUCAAUGUUCCUCUAACCUCUACCUUAUUACUUUGUUCUGUUACCUAUUGAAAAGUACUUGGAGGGUAGUAAUGUGUCAGGUCUUAGACUCACAGUCUCAUACUGUUUGUAGAGGUACUGCCUCUGUAUCCAUGGUCGCAUCCAACAAUGUCUCUGUCUUCACUGCAUCUUCUUCAGGACAUUCUAAAAUGCUUAAUGUAAAAAAGCUUAACAUAGCUUAAUGUCUGAAAAGAGCAAUCAGUCAUCACCAAUUUAUGUGUAGACAUCUCUAAUGAUGGGAUAGGCUUCAGCAGCCCCCCGACAAUCUCCAGGAUAAAGCGGUUCAGAAGAUGAAUAAAUGAAUGAAAAAAAAACCAAAACAAUACUCUAAGAUUAAAAUGUUAAGUUUUUUUGUUUUGUUUUUUUUGUGCCUAUGGAGAGGAAAAGGCUUAAUGUGGACAGCAUCCAUAAUUCUGGGGUUGUCAUUGUGAUUUUGCAGAGGUGAAAGUGGGCAUGACUAGAGAUGUCCACACGAACUUUGGUGAUGAUUGAUCACUGUUCUUGGGCAUUAAGCUACAUUAAGCUUUUUUUUUACAUUAAGUAUUUUAGAAUUUCCCUCUUCUUCAGCUGCCAUACCAAAACAGUGAUAACAACCACUUGAUCUUCCUCUUCUUCAUCUUGCAGCUGUAGCUGUAGAAGUUUCAGUCUUGUGGGCAUUAUUGCCAUCUUAAAUGUGAUGAUCACAACACGGGACUUUUAGUACACAGCCACUGUUUAUAUACCAAUCUAACUAUUCUGAAAAAGCAUAAGAUCUUCCUACCAUCGACUUGAGAGUGCUAUGAGUUGUACAUAGGGCCACCUUACAACAACAAAAUUAAUGAAGUGGCCAUAGGUAUGAUGUAGGAAGGUCCCAUGGCACCCUUACGUAGAACGUGACAACUGUGUGGUCUUCAUACAAUACAAAAUCACAUCAUUUUCUCACGGAGGCCUUAAGGUGCUCUUGCGAUUUGAACAGCAGCUGUACCAACUUGGUAACAUGGCUGUAAGAAACUACUGCAUCCUCCACGAAUGUCUACGAGCUCCAGAUCUUGUACGAAUCUCCUGGUUCUCCCGGAAUCUCCCACUGUUUGUAAGAAGCUUUGUGACUGAGCCUUUAGUUACUCAUGUUGUUCAUCUGAUUGUGUAAGACUGUAUUUUAUGAAGAAAUCUUUAUAAAUAAAUGUGCUUUAACUUA